UAACCAUAGUGAUUGUAAGUCGUCUUGUAUACAGGAAGGGCAUGGAUCUACUGGCAGGUAUCAUACCAGUGAUCUGUAAUAAACAUCCAGAUGUUAACUUUAUUAUAGGUGGAGAUGGACCAAAAAGAACUCUUCUAGAGGAGAUCAGGGAGAAUAAUCAGUUACAAGACAGAGUUACCUUUCUUGGACCAUUAAAACAUAGUGAAGUCAGAAAUGUAUUGGUACAAGGUCAUAUUUUGAUAAACACAUCUCUCACAGAGGCCUUUUGUAUAGCUAUAGUAGAGGCUGCAUGUUGUGGGUUACAGGUUGUUAGUACAAGAGUGGGUGGGGUACCUGAAGUUCUGCCUCCAGAGAUGAUAAAACUGGCAGAACCUAGUGUCAAAGCGCUAGUAUCAGCUUUAGAGGAUGCCAUCUCAGAUCAGAGAAAUGGUAAAGUUAUAGACCCAUACGAGGCUCACGAACGUAUCAAGAACAUGUACACAUGGCCUAAUGUUGCACGUAGAACGGAUGUGGUUUAUGACAUGGUUCAUAAGUUACCUGACCCAGAUAUGAGUACAAGAAUCAGAAGAUAUUAUCAAUGUGGACCACUUGCUGGGAAGUUGUUUGUUAUAGCAAUGGUUCUAGAUUUAUUCUUUCUCUUUAUUCUCAAGAUAUUUCAACCAGAAAAUGAGAUUGAAGCUUGUCCAGAUUUUUCAGAAGCUUUUAGAAAACCAACAUUUAUACGUCCAAAUAGCGCUAGAAAAUCUCAACCUGAAAAUAUAAGGCAUAGAGGGAAAUUAAAAUCAACUUAGUAAUAGAAUCUUUCAAUUCUCAUAG